AUGGCGGAUAGCAAGCGCCAGAGUGUCGGUGGCAAGACACAGAGCCAGCAAUCCGGCGGCUCUCCGACAGCUAUGAUUCCCACGGAGGAGGCAUUGAGCAAGGCAAUCGGCGGACGUAUACGGGUCACAACCGCUGCCCCCAACGCCUCGACUCUCGAAGGUACCUUGUUCACUGCCUGCCCCAUCACCAACCUCGUUGCGAUCAACACAUCGAACCAAUCAUCAAGCCCCACAAGUGCCCAGCAGGCCGGCGAUUUCCAUAUUAUACCCAUCUCUCGCAUCCAAUCCUUCCAACUUAUUUCUCUCGCGCCGUCCAGCUCUGACGGUGUCUCUUUCACAACCGCCUCCCCUUCAAUCCACGCGCUUGACACGCGUGCCUUGAAGUCUCGUGAGGCCGCUGCAAUCACCAAGGUAUUAGAGGGCGAAACCCGACGGGGCAAGGGCGUGACGCGGGAAGCGCAGGAUAUCUUCGAUGCAUUCAGCCGCACUAUGCCUGCGAGAUGGGAUGGCACUAGUAUCGUGAUUGCAGACGCAGUGGUGAUUUCCAAACCGUAUCGUGUCGACGACUGCAAAGCCCUAGUUGCAGGGGACUCCGCAGCCUUGACUCGCGUUCGCAAGGUGUUGGAAAUGGAGCGCAAGAAGAUCGAGCUUCGCAAUGCUAGUACUACAAUCGGUAACACCAACCAUUUUACUCGCAACGCCGCCCAGAAUAAAGAUCGUGUCGCUGUUCCCGGCCGCCUUGAUUCUCCCACCCCAAGGAAAGGGGGCUAA